GUAUAUACUAGAAAAACGCUCGAUCAGGCCCCGCCCUGCAUUCAAGGGAAGGAGGUGACGUUAGUGAUUGCGUGGGACAAGAAGAGUCGUAGGAUUUUCAAGCGUUGAAAGGGCUACGGGUUUGGAGAUCAGAAAACAUACUACAGAUAGGAGGAGAUUCUCUUUGUGUUGUUCCUCAGAUUAAUCUCAGGUAAGGUUAAUCAUGGAUUCUCAGACCAAAACCGAGGACUGCCUUGGCUGGGCCGCCAGAGAUCCAUCUGGAGUUCUAUCACCCUACAAAUUCAGUCGCAGGCCUCUUGGAAGUGAUGAUGUCUCCAUAAAAAUUACUCACUGUGGAGUUUGUUAUGCUGAUGUCAUAUGGACUAGGAAUAAACAUGGAGAUUCAAUGUACCCCUUGGUGCCCGGGCAUGAGAUUGCUGGUGUUGUGAAGGAGGUCGGUUCAAAUGUUUGCCGCUUCAAGGUUGGUGAUCCUGUUGGGGUGGGAACUUAUGUCAACUCAUGCAGAGAUUGUGAGUAUUGCAAUGAUGGCGUUGAAGUUCAUUGUGUUAAAGGGUCUGUUCUCACUUUUAAUGGUAUUGAUGAGGAUGGAACAGUCACUAAAGGCGGUUAUUCUAGCUAUAUCGUUGUCCAUGAAAGAUACUGCUUCAGAAUACCCGGCAACUAUCCUUUGGCUUCAGCAGCACCUUUGCUUUGUGCUGGAAUCACUGUUUAUGCACCAAUGAUGCGGCACAACAUGAACCACAGUGGAAAAUCUUUAGGAGUGAUUGGGCUCGGUGGUCUUGGUCACAUGGCAGUGAAGUUUGGGAAGGCUUUUGGGUUGCAUGUAACAGUUUUUAGCACAAGUAUAUCUAAGAAAGAAGAAGCUCUGAAUCUGCUUGGUGCAGACAAAUUUGUUGUCGCCUCUAACCAAGAACAGUUGAAGGGCCUAUCAAAAUCAUUGGACUUCAUAGUUGACACUGCAUCUGGUGAUCAUCCGUUUGAUCCCUACAUGUCACUCCUGAAGAUUUCUGGUGUUUAUGUCCUCGUUGGGUUUCCAACUGAAGUCAAAUUCAGUCCUGCAAGCCUUAAUCUGGGUAUGAGAAUAGUCUCAGGAAGCAUAACAGGGGGUACAAAAGUGACCCAAGAAAUGAUAGACUUUUGUGCUGCUCAUAAUAUUUACCCACAGAUAGAGGUAAUUCCAAUUCAAUAUGCGAAUGAAGCUCUUGAGAGGCUAAUAAAGAGGGAUGUUAAGUACAGGUUUGUGAUUGACAUUGAGAACACCCUGAAAUGACAUCAUGGCAGCAAAAAUGAAUUCAUCUUAUGCAAUGCAGACUUAUAAAUCCACAUAUUGAAGCACAUACAAUAAUGCACAUGUACAAUGAGUAUUGUCAUUUAGAUAGAUGGUGGGCAUUCACUUCUGUGAAGAAUCCCUCAGAGCUUAUUAUGUUGUGUUCGAUGUAACUAGAUUAAUAAUUAAGUUGAAAUAAGUCAAUAGCAGCAUCAUUUCUGUCAGUGAAGAGAAGUGUGUUAUGUAAAAUUGGUUCAGUCAAGUUUAUGGAAAUUUUCAUAGUGGACCUUUUCAUUUUGUU